UCAUGUAAUGCACGUGUUUAUAUAACGAACAUAUAUUUUCUAUAACAUUUUUUUAUUAUGUUCCAAUUGGUGUGUCAUUUAAUGAAAUUAAAAAUUCUUCCGAGCAUCUUUAUUUAUGUCAGAGAUAUAGAUAAGCAUUAUGUCAGAAAAUAUAUCUGAAGAGGAGAAUAGUUUAUUCAGAGAUUAUAAAAGCGAAAACUUCGAUGAUAACGACUUACAGUCCCGAUUAUAUGCAGAAAUCUAUUAUGAAUCAAACAUCGAGGGUGAACCAAAAACCUCGGAUUCAAGGAUUCAAUUUGCUAACAUGGUUGCUGAAUUAAACUCUGAACCAGAAGGUAUGCAACAAAAAGAGGACAAGCAAUCAUUAGAAUUUGAAGCUUCUAGAGAUAAGUCUAGUAAAGCUAAAAAAACAUUAAAAGAACAUUGUAAUCAGAACACUUCAUUAUCAAACGAGGGCUCUGUCAUAGAACCAUUGAUGAGCAAUGACAUGUUACAAUCACAAAAUUCAACUAAUGAUCCUAGAUCAGUGGAAAUUCAGACUGACAAAUUAUCUGAUCGAGAGAUAAAUCCUAUAAUACAUGAAUAUGACAAUAAUGACAAUCCAGGAAACCUUUCAGUAGAAAAAGGAAAAAAGUGCAAUGAAAGUGUUGCCAAGAAGCAUAAAUCUUUUAACCAUACAAAAAAUAAACAUCAAGAAAAUUCCUUAAAUGAUUAUACUGCUUCAUCAAAUGACACAAUACAUUCGAAAUAUAAUGUUGUUUUAAAAUGUAUGAAAAAAGAGGUGGCCUUAAACAAAUCAUUAAAGAACGAUGAGCAGACUUCGGACAGUUCUGAUUCUGAAGAAUCUAUUUUUGAAGUACCAAUUCCACCAAAGCCAAAACCACCACUUAUAAAUUUGCAAGAUUCCGAUGAGGAAAAAAAUGAUACAAAUUCAAGAAUGAAUAAUCUAAUUUCAGAGAAAAUCCCAACUAUGAAAUACAAAAUUACAGAUACAAGAGUAUCAAGCAGUCAUCAAGAUACAUCUUUUAAAAAUAAAAAUACUGAUAAAUCUCUACAUAAUAAGAAUACAACAGUAAAUACUGAGAAUACCCAUACACAUACACAAGAAAUUAGAGAAGAUAUUGUUUUGAAUUGCACAAUAGUUCAGAAAAGUGCCAAAAGUAUAAAUGAAAUUAAACAGUCAUCUAAAAGUGCAGAGUUAAAUAAAAAUCAAGAAAAAGUAUCAACUGAAGAUACAAAUCAAAAUUCUACAAAACAAUUAUCACAAAAUACAUCUAAAGAAAAUAAUGCUAAUUUUCAACAAAGGAUAUUUGUGACUCCAGGAAAAUAUUCGUUAAAAACACAACAAAAUAUUGAGGAAAAUAAUACACAUAAUAGAUAUAAUUUAAGAAGUAAAAACAAUACAUUAGAUGCAAAGGCGUCAUGUAGCAACAGUGAUGUAGCAAUAAAUCGAAAGAGACAACACAAUGAAACCGAAGAUUCUAAAGACAAACGACAAUGUAUUAAUCAGGAAUACAAUCAAGAUAUCGUGCAGCAAAGCAGCAGUAAAGAAAGAGGAAACGAAGCGAAGAAUGAAUGCUUCAAAUCAAUGCCAAACGCAAUGAGAAAUUAUUACUACAACUCGUCUCGCGAUCUGGAAAACUUUGAUGUUAGUAAGCUGCAGCAAGGCAUGUCGAAGGAUCCGCGAAUGUGGAUGAUAAUAGAUGAGGAUUUGAUGCCGAGUCCUCCCAGCAGACAGCGUACUAGAUUUUGGAAUGUCAGAUGCUCCAAUUGUCAUCGGGAUGGUCACCAACGUUACGAUUGUCCAGUGCCGCGUAAAAUACCAUGCUGCUACAUAUGCGGUGAAAAGGGCCACGUCGAAUCUCGUUGUCCACAGAAGAUAUGUCUUACAUGUGGUAAGCAGCAGAAUACGUUUCGUAAAACUUGCGAGUAUUGUCGUGUCCUGUAUUGUACUAUGUGUCAUUCGAUAGGACACGAGUCAAUGGAAUGUCCUGAUCUGUGGCGACGAUAUCAUCAAACGACCGACAUGAGUAGCGUACCACAGAAUCCAGACAACGUAAUGAAACCGCCGGGUCUACUGCAUUGCUGCAAUUGCACCAAGCGCGGUCACGAGUCGUCCAUGUGCAAGGAAUAUAGAUGGUCGCAGCACUUUCAAACUCCGGCGGCAGUCACAAAUUAUAUAGACGGACCGAUGUAUAUGGAUGGACCAUAUACAAUGAAUUUUUCAGAUGAUUUCGAAAUUGAUACUCUAUCCAGGACAACAAGUAGCAGAUCGAUUCCAAAUAGUCCUAAAAAUAUUCAGCAGAUAACAGAAGAACAUCCUGCUGUCAAUAUAGAUACGUUAUCAUCUAAUGCAAAAGCUAGUGAGACGCCGGCUUCACAAGGAACUUUGCAAAUCAACUUAUGCAGUUCAGGAGUAGAAAAAAACUUGGAAUCUCCUUCUAUAAGUAACAUACUUCGACCUGAAGAAAAACAAAAGAAGCACAAACAAAAUGUAAUAAAUGAAGAAGAGUUUACCACUAUUUUAUUUUCGUUUGGUAAAUUUCAUUACAAAAAUAACAAGAACGCGCGAAUAAUCUCGAGAAAUCUUUCAUUGCUCAAAAGCAAUAUGUCAUCUUAUGGAAAGAAGACUAUAAUAAAUAGUUUACCAAAGCGCCAAGUUGUUCCAGAUUUCCUUAGGACAUUAUCAGAUAAGGGGAUAGAAUUUGAACUGAAAACAGGCUUCACAGUACAUCAAACCAUAAAUUUACAGUUAAUAGCAAUGAAUGAAUAUGUAGAACUGAUAUAUGAUUUACUGCUUUAUUGGCUCAAUCUCCCAGACGAAGAAAAAAGUUACGGAGUGGAUGUAACUUUACCCAUGAGUCCUACAAAAAUGUUUAAUCUACUGUCUUCGAGAUUACCGCAGCUCACAAAAAUGAGCUUUACAUGUUAUGCUGAACAUAUACAAGGAGUAAAUGAUCCACGAGGACUUUUUAAUUUGAUAAAACGAUAUAAAAAACAAUUGCAAUAUUGGAACAAUGGUACCAGGAAACAAUAUCUUCGCCUACGUACAAGGAUGUGGCGUGUACAAGUCAAGCUUCUUAUGAUUGUCAACACUGAGCCUCAACCAAAUGUUUAUAUUUCUCAGUUUCAUAAUGCAAUGAAGAAACUCGAAUCUAAAAAACAAAAUCUGAAGAUGGAGAAACUUGAUAAUGCCACUUAUCUUAAACUCACUCUGCUUUAUAACCAUUUAUUUGUGCCUCACACACCUGCCACUUUAUGCAAAACGCUGAGUCGCAUUGAAAAACACGCGGAAAAGAUGACAAAAAAUACGAAUUGUGCACGGGUACAGGAAUUGGAAAAGGAUAAAAUAUAUGAACAAGAAAAUAUCGAAUCAUACUUAAAUGUGAAUUCCUCGGCAUCUGCGACACCUUACGUUUCGCAAGAUAUAAACUCUGCUGAAAAUUCUACGAUUAAUAUUCAACAGAAUACGACUGACGAGACAUUAAUUGAGAAAAGAGGAGUGAUCGAUGUUUCAUCUAUAAUCGAUGAAAUCAUAGAUAGUGAUGAUAAUGAAAUAAUGAUAAUAGAAGAUUCUGUUGGAGAAAAUUGUGGGACUAUUAUGUCAUUAAAUACUGAGAUAUCUAACAAUGAUAAAUCAGUAUUGAUUCAAACAGAAGACAAAAAUGAGAAUCAAGUAUUAACAAACGAUUUAAACAUUGAAUGCAAUACAUCCGCAGGCAAACAGGAUGUAAACACGAAACAUAUUACAAGAAAAGAAAAAAGCAAACAAAUACUCGAAAAAUGCAAACAAAACCCGAAAAAUAUUACAAGAAAAGAAAAAAGCAAACAAAUUAAAUUAUCGAAACAACAGAAAAUUGAAAGGAAAAAAAAGAGAGAGGAAAAUAUUUAUCAGGAUGCAUCAUUUCUCAUAAAAGAGGCUCAUGCGCUUAAUCUACCUCAUAUAAUGAAUGCAGCAAACGAAUUGGAAAGAAAAAUUAGCAAUCGAACACUUCAGCUAAAACAUGUCUGCUCGAUAAAAAGUAUGAUUAGAUUAGAGAAGAAAUAUCGUAAGAAAGUUGACUUAUAUUGGAAGAACUUAAAUACAUAGUUUUUUUUUCAAAUAUUAUACUUUUUUUUGUUCAAAUAUUGCAAUAUCAAAAAGUUAUUUGUAAGAGAUAUGAUUUCUGCACAAUUUUAAGUGUGGAUGAAAAAUUGUUUAUGUGGGUUGCAAUAUCAAAUAACCACAAACAUGUGUAUAAUAUAUUCAGAAAAAGAUAUAAUACACAGC